GGACGUCGCUUUAAAAAAUUCACACCAACGCAAUGAAGGAGGAAAAAAAACGAGAGAAACUUUCCCUUCUUUGACUUUUUCGGACAUGUCUGCUGUCUGGCUGCGGAUCUGGACGCGCACCGCCGGAGGAUCGAGGCGGAUUCGAGGCUCCCGGUGCGCCUCAGACAUUCUCAGACAGUUUUCUUUAAAACAUUUCCAGACAAAAGAGAAACAAAAAUGGCAGCCUUAUUUUUAUAAGGCGGGACGCCAUAUUCUGCAGACCCCAAAAUUUUUUAGGAGCAUGAACGUGUUGUCGUGAGGAGGAGGAAACGCGGCCGCGGAGACGCAACACAAAGUCACACUUCUCUGAAGACUCCAAAGAACUGACAGCUCCGAUCCGAACACCAGCUCCCAUGAACGCAGCAGCCUUCCUGUCAGCAGCGACUGCUUUAAUGAAUCCUCCUGCUGGUGAAUUUAUUGGACUCCUCUCCUGCUUCCUCUAAAUUUUUCCUCAAAUGAGUGAAACUACCUGUAGCUGGUUGCGUCCUCACGGUCUGCUCUCCCAACAUGCAGUUUGUCCUGGCUUUCCCGCUGAUACUUUCCAUCGUUUCCCAUCAGCAGAGUCACGCUGAGGCAGCCCAACGAACAUUUCAGCAAGCGUGUGAACCUGGAUAUUUUUUAAAUAAAACCAAAUGUGACAAAUGUCGGAACGGCACUUACACAGCAAUAAAAAACCGUAGGCCGAGCUGUUUGAAGUGUUCGUUUUGUAAGCAUUAUGAGAUUGAAACAAGUCCUUGCUUGUUUAAUAGCGAGGUGAAGUGUGGCUGUAAAGAGAAUUACUACCGUUCCAAUGAGACUGGAGACUGUGAGAGAUGCUCCUGUGAAGACUGCAUCAAUAAAAGUCCUGACUACAAGACGUGCCGGCCCUGCGAAAUAAAGGAGUGUCGGAAAAAUCCAGAAUGUCUAAAGAUAUGCUCUAUUGCCAGUCCUGUAAAUGCUACAUAUCCAUCUACAACAACAAGAAAUCCUCCAGCUUCGUCCACCAGACCCUCGGCUUCAAACGGAACGACAACCCCGGAUAUGAAGAAACUUACACCAGAGAACCAGAUGAGCUGGGUUUUUCUGGUGGUGGUCAGCGUCCUGUUUCUGCUGCUCUUUUGGCUCAUGCUGCUCUACACCAGGAACCUGUUCAGAUAUUCAGAAAGCUGUCCUUGCUGGGGCGAAAGCAAAGAUGUGGAGCUGUCCGAUGGCCCCGCAGCAAACGAACAACAGCAUCAUCGAGGCCCAACCACGCUGACAUGGGAGGAAACUCCCAUGAUACCUGUCAAUCAGACUCCACCCAUAUCGGAUUCAGAUUCUGCCCCUGUCAGCCCUCCACCUCCAGGCAGCGACCUUCCAGUUGCCCGACCAGACGAGCACUCUGACCGCUGGCCAGCCGUCGUCCUCUACGCCAUCAUCCAGGAGGUGCCCCUGCGUAGGUGGAAGGAGUUCCUGCGUCGACUCUCGGUGGCCGACCAGCAGCUGGAGCGAGUGGAGCUGGAGGCCGGUUUGGGUCUGGACUCCAUGGAGAGGCAGUACCAGAUGCUGAAGCUGUGGAGCCAGCACUCCACCGCCAGCCUCGGUGACGUUUUCUCCGCCUUACGCCACAUGCAUUUAUCCGGCUGCGCCCAGCUGCUGCAGGAACACCUGGACAGGCUGCAGUGGAGACCCGAUGCCAGGCAGAGUCACUCAGGUGGUGGUUUGAACGGAGCCAUGCACACCUGAAGCUGUAGAGAGACACAAGUAUGACGCUGUAGAUGGAGAUUCUUUAACCAAGAACACCGGUGCAUAAAACUGGAGACCUCAAGUUUCUGGAGAAGACAUUACUGAUGGUGGCUCCUACAGAAAACUGCAAUAAUGCCUUAAAUGACCCAUGGUGAUAAAUACAAAUGUAGAUGAAGAUCUUGAUGCUAUGACAAAUCAAGUCUUUUUUCUUAACAGUUUGACAUCAUCACAUGGACUCCAGCUACACGUAUUAUAUGUAUUCUCCUGAUAAAAUCCAAAAAAACCCAAAAACUUUGCAGAACUGGAAGUCGGGUAAUCCCUUUGCUUCCUCUAAUGCGGCAACAGAAUGAAGCCUCUGAAUUUUCACACAGUACUCUAGUAAUCUGCUGUAUGUGGAGAAAAUUAAUUUCAAAAACAAUUGAGGGUAAUUCCCUUCCAUCAAACAAAGCCUUGCUGUUAAAACGCCCUUUGUGUACACCACUAAACCUCCAGCUUGUUGUGUGGCGUCUCUUAAAGGCCAACCAUGGAGGCCUGCGGUUUCACAACAGAGCUGCAAUGUAAAUAUGCGUGUGAAAGGUUAGAAAGGAAGUGACACUUCCUUGAUGAAAGGUGCAACUUAGUUUACCUCCAGGAAUCAAGUAUUUUUUAAUAAUUAUUUUAUAAGCAAUGACUUGUUUCAGUUUGAAUAUUUAAACUGUGUGAACAUUUUGUGUACAUCUGUGAUGUUUGAGACUCGACUGACGUGAAGGUCUGGUACAGCAGCUCAGCCGCUGCUUCUCGCUGUGCACCCUCGCAAAGGAAGAAAGAUGAAAUCCCCAAAGGACGUCAGAUUUUCAAUUUCCUGCAAGUGAACGGUGUCAGUGUGCAGCAUGUUGGGUUUUUCCUCACCACACAUAUUCCAUUCAAACUGAUGGUUUUCUCUUGUGGUGUUUGGGUAUCUCACUUUGAGAGUUUUUGUGUGGCAGUUUGGUUUACUGGCAGUAAAGGACUUGGACUUUCCAAUUUAAGGAGUUCAGCAGUGAAUGUUUAAAUCCUUAUCUAGGUCAUUUGGCCUCAAGGUAAAGGUACGGAUGUGUGUAUUUUACAGGUGGGUCAAUCUAUAACUGAGGGACUUUUGAAGUCUAUAGGAUAUAUCUUGCAUACAUUUUUUUAAGUAAAAAAAACUAAUGUUUUUAUGUUCAUUAUGAUCAUGUCUUUACAAAUUCCAUAAUUGUUUAUUAUGGAAACAAUCACUUGUUAAUAAAAAAUGACUGGAUAUCACUAAAAUAUCAACUAAAUAACCAUCUGAAUUUAAUACCAACCACCUUCUAAUGAGCUAAACAAUUAUAAAAUGAGCUGAUUCAGAAAUAGCUUUGAUUGUUUUCUUUUUAUUAAGUUGAGAUAAUCAUGACAGGUAAUAUAUCAAAUUUUAUAUGGAAGAUAACAAAUUGUAUCUGUGUCUGAGAAAUCCCUUUCAUCUAAGUUCCCCGUUCCAAAAACACCUCUCCAGGAAGUGUGUUAAUUCCAGAUCACAUGACCUGCUCCUCAUGAUGUCAUUUCCUGAAGAAAAGACUGGCCAGACUCCAAGGCUAUCUGAGUUAUUUAAUAUAAAGUAGUGAACAGGUUUACUACAAUAUCUUUAGAAAUAACUUAAAUUUCAGUUUUACUCAAUUAUAUGUAUAAUAUUUAGAAGAAUCAUUCUGUAAAAUGCCAUGUGGUGUUUGGUUACAGGCGGCCAUGUUGAUUUUAGGCUGAAAACAGCAAAAAUGUCAACUAUGAUAUAACAAGUCCCGCAAUUAUAGAUUGACCCAAGUGUCAUUUUUCUGAAACUAUUUAUGGAUUUCUGCAUAUUUUAUUACAGAGCUGAAUGUGUGAAUUAUCUGCUAGAUGUAGGAUUUUCAUCCUUACUUGUCACCUUUGGUACACAUGUAAUGUAAUAAAGUACCUGAGUCAAAAUGUGA